CGACUUUUCAAACUGGCUUUAGCGAACUUACUUUCCAUUGAAAGAAGCUGGCAACAACACGGCUUUUCAAGCGGGCUUUAGCUACUUUAAUUUGAAAGAAGCGGGCAACAUCAGGGACAUUUCUCCAUUUUCUGAGCUGUCUACAGUGUCACGGGCACAAAUUUGGGAAUUAAAAAACUACUUUCCAGGCUUUUUUCUACACUUUUGCUCUCCGAGGCUGGACUUGGUCGCUACUUUUAGUGCGCUCGUUGGCCAGGUGUUUUAUUCUAAGGAAGAGGCUCGUUGCUCUUUGUUGUAUACUGCGAUCUGUUGUGCUCUUUGUUGAAGCAAAAGCAUGGGAGCGCAAUUCUCAAAGACAGCUGGAAAGGAAGAAACGGCUGCAGCUUCACCCUCCAAAGCUAACGGACAGGAAAAUGGCCAUGUGAAGGUGAACGGAGAUGCAUCUCCAGCGGCUGCUGAGCAAAAGGAAGAGGUUCAGGCUAACGGCAGUGUGGCAGCUGAGGAGGAAGAGAAGGCUGGGGCAGCUCCAGCUGAAGAGGAAGCCGUGGAGGGAGAUCAAGCAAACACAGAAGUAAGUCCAGCCACUGAAGAGGAGGCCACGAAAGCUGAGGAUGGUGGAACUCCAUCCACAAGCAACGAGACGCCGAAGAGCAAGAAGAAGAAGCGCUUCUCUUUUAAGAAGUCCUUCAAGUUGAGUGGCUUCUCUUUUAAGAAAACCAAUAAGGAGACGGGGGAUGGAGAGGGCGGUGAGGAGGCCAAAACCCAGGGAGCUGAAACUGUUGAAGGAGGUUUGUCAGAAGAGAAGGAGGCAGAAUCCAAACCAGAGGAGAAACCAGUAGGGGAGCCCGAGGCUGUCAGUCCUGCCCCUGAGGAGUCCAAAGAGGAGGAGAAACCCGCGGAGUCAGCAGUGGUGACAGAGCCUGCUCCUUCUAAGGAUGAAGCACCUAUAGCAGAGGAAUCCACUCCCACUGUUCAAGAAGCAGAAUCCAGUCCAGAGGUUCAUGCAGAAUCUGCCACAGAGUAACGUGCACAGUGCAGAUCAACAGAGAAAGAGAGGAAGAAAAAAACAACAACAACAGAUAAUCAAGGCAUAUUUCCCUGUUGUACAGUGGAAUGGUCCCAGGUUAUGAGACAUAGGAGAACUAAAGAGCUUUUUACUUUUUUAUACAUUUACCCUCUUCCCAAAUCUCACACUGCCUUUGUAGCUAUUCCUGGAGCUGCGACAAAUGGGUGGCUACAUUAAAUAAUACAGAAUUUUUUUUUCAUAUAUUUUUUGCAUUGUUUUUGAUUUUAUUUUUGCAUUUUUAUACAAAACAAUGUAAACAUUUAUGAAAAUGUAUAGACAUCCCUGUGGGUUAAAGGCAGCUGGUUUAGGGGUCAAAGAGGGGUGCAGGGAUUGGGAAUGAGGGUUUUUAAAUUUUGGCACCUUGAUGACUCAGCGUUACAAAAACAGAACGAUCAUUAAUACUUCCACUACAAUCUUCAACACUAAAGCAAUUUAUGUAUAAUAACAAACCAAUUUAUCUUAUAAUGCCAAGUUUAAAACAGCAAUUUUAAAGGUCCUGGGAACGUUAAACACUUUUUUUCUUCUUUUUUUUUUUUUUUCAUUGGAACAGUCUGUGAAUUCAGUGGGGAAACAAUUUACAUAUGCCUUAUGGUGUAUUGCUGGUUCUAUGAGCUUAUUGAAGUGUAAGUAUGUAUAGAUGAGGUGUUUUAACUGUGAUUAUUGUAAAAAUGACAUCUUGAUCUCAAGAAGCACAUGCAGCUCUUUUAUCACCAAGUCUGUUUUUGUAAGUCAUCCUCAAACCAUUGGAACAUUUAAAAAAAAAAAAGCUCAAACCAAGCUGUGACACGUAUUCCUGAUAAUACUGUGGUUUUUAAUUACAAAGGAUAAUGCUUUUUCAGUGGUCUUUUGACAAAAUUAAAGAACCUAUCAGAUGCAA